CAACCAGAGCUUUAACACUGGAGCCUGAGCUGCCGCGCCAGUCGUCGAGUAGGUCUUCGUCCCGCUAAUUUCUGUCCCGGUCCCGAAGCUUCGUCCGACACGCCGGCCGGCGAGCAGUCCCUGCCGCUCUCAUUCUUCCUCAGCUCUUCCUCUUCCCUCUGGCUCAGUUUGCCGGGAGUGUGAAAGGAAAAGGCCCGGGGACGCCCGAAGCCCCUUCUGCUCCUGCCCAUCGCAAGUGCCGCUGCCGCCAUGGGUCUCACCAUCUCCUCUCUCUUCUCCCGCCUCUUCGGCAAGAAGCAGAUGCGCAUUUUGAUGGUUGGAUUGGAUGCUGCUGGCAAGACGACCAUUCUGUAUAAACUGAAGUUAGGAGAGAUAGUCACCACCAUUCCUACUAUUGGUUUUAAUGUGGAAACAGUAGAGUACAAGAACAUUUGUUUCACAGUGUGGGAUGUUGGUGGUCAAGAUAAAAUUAGGCCUCUCUGGAGGCAUUACUUCCAAAAUACCCAGGGUCUUAUUUUUGUGGUAGAUAGCAAUGAUCGUGAAAGAAUUCAGGAAGGAGCAGAAGAGCUGCAAAAAAUGUUCUUGAAUGAGAAUCUGAUUUGCUGUGUAAACCUUCACCUAAAACACAAUAAAAUAUUUUAAAAAAUUGUUUUAAACACUCUGGUCAUACAUAAUCUUGUUAAUCAAAUAUUUUCUUGUUACCUUUCUUUACAGUGGUAUGUUCAAGCCACUUGUGCUACACAAGGAACUGGUCUGUAUGAGGGACUUGACUGGCUGUCAAACGAGCUUUCAAAACGUUAAGUGAAACUGGAUGUCUAACCAAGGACACUGUCGUUUGAUAGAAUUGGUCUGGGCUUGUUACAACAAAAUUAGUUUGCAUCUUGGUUAUUAAACAGUAUAUGGGACUGGUUUUGGGCAGAAUAUUACAGCGUUUAAACUUUGUUGCCAAUUAUUGUUUACCAAGUGGGAUAUUGCUGUUUAGCAAUAUACUUGGUUUUAAAGAAAUUCUCCUUAACUUCGAAAAAAAAGUGUCCUCUUUUUAAUUUUACUUCCCUUAAGCCUAAAUGCCUGGACAUAGCUAUGUGACACCUUUAAAUAAAUCCGUUUUGAAUGUCUUUUGAGCCCACGAAAUAAUGUUUUAAAGUUUCCUCUUGCUACUUUACUGAUACCUUUAUCAUUCCUGGGACAGUCUGCUGAUAAAAAGUAUAGCAUUCCAUUUGUAUUUAUUUCUCUCCCUUGCCAAAAAGAUUUUCUAAUACUGCUUGUGCCAGCCGGGGAAAUACUCCAAAACACUAUUCAAAUAUCUUGCACUGAGGAACUCUUUUUUUCUUCCCAUUAUUGACUCCUGGCUUCCGUCAGCCAAACUCACCUUGGUGUGGUUUGGAAUUGAUAGCUAAUUAGUCCUGUGCUGGUUGCAAAGAGUUCUAUUGAGAUUUUUAAUACUCAGCAGGUUGUCUUCCUUUAUAUUGUAUCUUUUUUAUGUUGCAUGUUGCUUUGGGUAUCAGCCUGACUCUUUGCCCAGUAAGAUAGUUCUGCUGAUGUGUUAUUGUUUAUUGGUGAACAUAUCUUCAUGAAGACUUUUUAGAAAACUCAUCAAAGUCAAUGAAUAAGUUUCUUCAUAACCCAUUUGGAAUUAUUCCUAAUAAAAUGAUAAAAUAUGUAAUUGUGUGUGUUAUUUUUGAGUCUUGAAAUACUUGAAAUGGAUUUUCUUUUUAAUAAAGUUGGUUUGCGUAUUUUCCAUACUGUGAACGAUAAUAUAGAUCCUCGUGGGUUUACUGAUUGUUUAAAUUAGACAUAAAAUAUGGGUUGUUAUGUGUAUAACAGUGGGGAGCAUCUUCAAAAUUUAUUUCUCUUUGAUAAAAUACAAUUUUGAUGCUGUAAAUUUCUAAAAUCAAAUCAAAAAAAGCUGUAAUAAAGUGAACUGCCC